AUGAAAGUUUUACUUUACAACAUCCUUUUUGUUUUAUAUUCUAUUUGUGCCCUUUGUGUAAAAGAAAGGAAUAAUGCUUUUUCUUUCAUAGGAUUUCCCAAGAGAGGAGAAGGACGAUAUUUGUUUGGAAGGAACCAAAUGAAAUCUCAAGAUAUUGAAAAGAAUAAUAAAGAAUUAUCAAAUAAAAUGGAUACACAAGAUUCUAAACAAUAUAUAACAUAUCUUUAUCACAGUAGUAUUUGUCAAUAUUGUUCUAAAGUUACAUCUAUGUUAGAAAAUAAUGAUAAUGUUGAAAUUAUAAAGUUUAAAGAAAAUAAUAAAAUAGAAGAUUUUGGUAAAUUUACCAAACCUAUUGUUGUUUUAUUAAAGAAUAUAAAUAAAGAAAAUUCUUUGGAACGAAGUAUAUUCUAUGAAGAAUUAAAAAGAAAAGGAAAAAAGGUUCAAGUACCUGCAUUAGAAGUAAAUAAUAUUAUUUUGUUUGAAUCGGAUGAAAUUAUAAAAUUUUAUAAAAAAUUAUUACAAAAAGUAUCAAAUGAUGAUAAAUCUUCACUUCAAAAUAGGGGAAAUAUAAAGAACGAUCAAAAAAAAAAUAAUAGUGAUUAUGAUAAUGAUUAUGAUAAUGAUGAUAAUAAUGAUGACAAUGAUGAUGAUGAUGAUAAUAAUUAUAAUAAUAAUAACGAUGAUGGUUAUGAUUACCAUACUAGCUAA